UGUGCUCUUUCAUUUGCUACAGUCCCACUUGACUCCACUACUGAUCCUGUAAAUUAUUUUGUAAAUGAGCAUCUUACGCCCCUGAUUCGGCAUAAUAAACGAGGCAGGGAAGCAGAAGAUGUUUCCAGGCAGCAAAAGCUGCACAUUUCCUUGAAUCAUAAUUUGGUUCAUGAUGACACUGAACAGCCAGCUAAUGUUCUUGCACAAAAUCCUGUAUCGACUGGUUUAAAGCUAUCAUAUGAUGAUGAUAAACCCAACUCCUCUGUCACUUCCGCAAGUGGAAGUAUGAAUACAUCAACAUCAGUUAUAAUGUCUCUUGGUGACAACAUUAAAACAGAAAUGGAGCGCCAGAAGAAAGAAUUUGAUCAAUAUCUUAAGACUCAGGAAGAAACUUGGGCUAGAGGUGUGAGAGAUAUAAAGCAGAGACACAUGGCUUCGUUACUGACUGCAGUCGAGAAAAAUGUUGGCACUAAGUUGCAAGAGAAGGAUAUUGAGUUAGAGAACAUAAAUCGGAAGAACAGAGAACUUGUUGAACGGAUGAAGCAAGUUGCAGCAGAGGCACAAAAUUGGUGUUACAGAGCCAAAUGUAACGAAUCUUUAGUCGGCACAUUAAAAAUGAACCUUCAGCAAGCGAUGCAGUCUGCUGAACAAGGAAAAGAAGGGAGCGGAGACAAUGAGCUAGAUGAUGCUGUAUCCUACAUUGAUCCAAACGAUAGGCUCAGCAUCCCUAGUGGUUCUGGCAAGUGUACGUCGACGAAAAAAGCCAUUAUCUGCAAGGUAUGCAGAUUGAAGGAGGUGUCCAUCUUAUUGAUGCCUUGUAGACACUUGUGUUUAUGUAAAGAUUGUGAAGGAUUGGUUAGUGUAUGUCCAAUCUGCCAGUUGAUGGCAACUGCUAGUGUUGAGGUGUUCUUGUCUUGAAAUAUGAACAAAAUAACACCAAGGCAGAAGGAAUAAUCUCAUACAGAUAUUAGAUAAUUAUUGUGGAUUUACUUUUUCUGUAUUUACCGUACAGAAGCAACUUGUUGAAAUUGAGGUUUAACUAUCAUGGUUCUUGAUGCUUCAUUAGAAUU